AUGUUGGAUGAGAUCAGCCUUAAAAAACAAGUUGAAUUCCAUUCCGAUAAAAUAUGGGGAUAUAUGGAUUUGGGCACAGGUAUUGAGGAUGAUGAAAGGAAGUAUGCAACCAAUGCCUUACCUUUAAUGGUUGUGUCUGUAACAGAGAAUUGGAAAAUUCCAAUAGCAUAUUCUUUAAUAAAUGGUCUUGGAGGAAGAGAAAAAACCAACACUGUCAAAUAUGCCCUUCGAAUGCUUUCAGAAGUCAAUGUGACUCUUGUUUCUAUUAAUUGUGAUGGUUCAACAGCUUAUUUCAAUAUGGCACAAGCAUUAGGGGCAAAGCUCAACAUCGGAAGUAAAACGGCUGCCCAAAUUCUAAGUAGUAGUGUUGCAGAUGCAUUGGAGUUUUGUGAGAGCAAAGCCAAAAGUAGAAUGAGAAAGUCUGUCACUUCCCAAAAUGGCGGACUCAUCAACGCGACGGAUAUGCGCGAACUUCUCCCGCCAAGCGAAGUGACAUUGCUGAUUGUUACUAUGCUGUGCUGUGAUAUAGUUAUAGUGCACGCCAACCUACAAAAGUACAGUAUUUUAGUCAGCUCUCAACUUUAG